AGGUCUGUGGAUAGUUGGCGGAAAAAGGAGAGUGAGCAGCGUCAUCUAUCAGUGUGUCACAUGUCGCAAACUUCGCGGCACACCUCAGACACAGAAGAUGGCAGAUCUUCCUGCAGAUCGCCUUUCAACCGAACCUCCUUUCACAAAUGUCGGCCUUGAUGUUUUCGGCCCAUGGUCGGUGUCUUCACGUCGGACUCGAGGUGGCCUUGCUCAAAGUAAACGGUGGGCAGUGUUAUUUACUUGUAUGAGCGUAAGAGCCGUGCACAUUGAGGUCAUCGAGUCCCUAGAUACAUCAAGCUUCAUUAACGCUCUGAGGCGUUUCCUCGCCAUCAGGGGCCCAGUAAAACACAUCCGCUCUGAUAGAGGAACCAACUUUGUCAGUGCAUGCAAGGAGCUCAAGAUUCCUUCCAACAUCAACAAUAGUUCCGUGGAAAGGUUUCUGUUGGACCAAGGCUGCACAUGGAUGUUCAAUCCUCCCCAUGCUUCUCACAUGGGUGGUUCGUGGGAGAGGAUGAUUGGUGUAGCAAGGAAGAUCUUGGAUUCUAUGUUCCUGCAGCUUGGAACAUCGAAGCUGACCCACGAAGCGCUCUCCACACUGAUGGCGGAAGUGGCCGCUAUCAUCAAUGCCAGACCUCUUAUACCUGUGUCCACUGAUCCAGAUGAUCCACUCAUACUCACACCAGCAACUCUCCUCACUCAAAAAGUGAGCCUCCCUUCUGCACCAGUUUGUGACCAGGUCAAAGAUCUCCAUAAGAAUCAGUGGCGCCAAGUCCAACAUCUGGCUCAAACCUUUUGGAACAAAUGGAAGAAGCAAUAUCUUUCGUCACUCCAGCCACGAAGGAAGUGGCAGUCUUCCCAGCCUGACCUUCAGUGUGGAAGCAUCGUGCUUCUCAAGGACGACCAACUAAAGAGGAAUGAAUGGCCUCUGGGACUUAUCACUCAAGUCUUCCCUAGCAAAGACAGCAGGGUACGCAAGGUGGAAAUCAAAGUCUCCAGGAAAGAUGGAAUUAAGACGUUAUUGAGGCCUAUCACCGAGAUAGUCCUGCUCUUAGCUCCUGAGACUAAGCCAUAGUGAAUGCCAAGGACUGUUAAGUAGUGGCGGUUUAUUCCCGCCAGGCGGGGAGUGUGCUGUCACCAUAGUUUUUGUUCAGUAGUUCUCGGGGUAAGUUUCAUAGUGCCACCACUAGGGGGCAGUGGUCUCUUUAAGAGACACAGUGGUCGGCUACAGUCAGCCAUGUGAGAGAUCUGCGGGAGGCACAUUACUGAGAGAACAUGCUGUCUGUUUACACCAGGAAAUAACUGUCUACAUCCAAUGCUAUACGAAGCAUCGUUGUUUCACCCUUUUUCGAUUCAAUAAACCUGUGGAUAAAUUCAUGACCGUCUCCAGAGUUUUGAUGAGAAGAAGGCGUUUAACUUGAAGCCAAAAUAUAUUCAGCACAUAUAUUGAGGGCGACACAGCUUUGUUGAAGAGCAAAGCAAAGAAGGAAAAAGGCUUUCUUAAAAUUAACAACUAACUGC